UUACGAGCACUUAGUUAGAGUUUUGUGUUGGCUUUGUGGGUAAUGCUGGGCAGGAGGGGUACUAGCUAAUGCAGGAAGCACACACGUCCCCCUUCUUGGCUGGUCUGGGAUUCAUAGUCAGACUCUGCCUAAGUUUGGAUCUUUCUGUUUCUUACUACUGAACCUUGUUUUUCACAGGAGUUUUAAAAAGUAGUUGAAACAUUGAUAGCUGAAACAUUGAUACCUGUGUGAACAAUUUCAUAUAUGGGACUGGAAAGGUUCCCAACCUUAAAAGGGCCUGCUGACUUUUGUGGUUGUGUCUGAGUUCGCCAGAGACAUUAUUCCAAAAGUCCAACAUUCCUCUUUUUUCAUUGGAAGCAAUAAAGCAGGAGCUGUCUGAAAUCUUUCUGGCUGUGUUGGUCAAGUUGCUUAACUGCCCUAAGUCUAUAGCCAUACCAACUGCCAGGAAAACUUUGGCCACUUUUACAACAAAAGCUGCAUGACCAAUGCUUUACAUGAUACUCAGUUAAAUUUCUGACUUGUGAAUGUGGAGCCAAAAGGAAUUUCAGCCUUUGCUUUUGUAGGGCACAAAGACCUGAGAUUGUGUCUUAACACAAGCCUAAAAACUUGCCCCUGACCAAAACCGGCUUCUCACACUGGCAGCCCCAUCUGUAGCAGGGUCCCUUCUAGGCAGUUCCAGUGCUGCAGCUGGCAGACAAGGUGCCAGAUGUUUGUUCCUCAUUUGCUUCUGGUAGAGCUCAGCAGCCUCACUCAGGGGCUGAGCAAAGGCAGAGAGAACAAGAGAAAUCUGACUUUGCAUUAAGCUGAUGGGACCAUUUGGCACAAGCAAAGGAUGUGUAGGUUGUUCCUCUACACAGCCUUGCAGCUGUCUUUAUAUUCCUGCCCUUUUGUUUUCUGAGUUAUUUGUACAUGGCCCACCUUGCUGUGGGUUUACCUGGCAUUUUAUCUGCACCCCCAUGCUGCACCCAGUAGACACACAGCCUAUCUGAACCCAACAGCCUGAUCCUGCCACUGCACAUGGUGAUGCGACAUGGGGACCUGGUCCAUGCUCCAUACUGUAUGAUGUAAAUGCAAGGCUGGUACAGACAGAAACACCAGCAAAUCCACUGGAUUUGCAACUGGUGUUUCAAAGCAGGUGGGGAGGGGAGGGGAGGGGGAAGCCUCACUGCUGAACACAUCUGUUUUGGGGUUGGAGGUGAGAUGGGCCCUCAGUAGGAUGCCCAGGCUAGGUUUGGGAAGGGUAGCAGUGAAGGUGGCACUCCUUGGUUGGACAGUGGGACCAUGAGUGCUAGUUUAUAUUAAAAUCCAUGCUGCCAUGUCUUCAUUACCUUUACAACCCCUUUGCUCAUCAGUAGAGUGACUACAUUUUAAGUUUUUCCAGAAGCCUUUACGGGGCGUGAGACCAGAGCCACAGCAUUAGCCAGAAGCCUUUAAUGUAAAGUCAUGUAUUCAGUAAUGUGCCCCUCAGACAUUAUUCUGCAACUGCUUGUACUGCUUAGAGUAUUAGGUUUAGUCUAUUAAUAUCUUCCUUCUUUCCUUUCUUCCUCCGUUGCACCCUUCCCUCAAUUCUACAACGUAAAACCCAAAUGAACCCCCAAACAAACACAACUCAAUCUGCCCACAUGAACUUGUGGGGCCUUAGCUGCCCUUUGCCAGUGAGCCCGAUGCAGGCUCCCGUGGCCUCCAUCUAUAACCCUCUGCAGGUGCAGAGCUCCGAGCGGAGGCACAGCACCUCCUCCAUGCCCAGCCAAGUCCGAGUGGGGCCUGAGCAGCUGAAGCGCACGGCUCAGAUCUGCCCCAAGAGCCCUGUGGAAGUGGAGGUGCCUGGACUCAAAGUGCUACAUGUGCAGUUCAAUUCUCCCCUGCAGCUCUAUUCGCAGAGCAACAUCAUGGAUUCCCUGAAGGGGCAGAUCUCUUCUGUUAGCCCUGAUUUCCCCAGUUUAGAUCAGCAUAACCAGCCCCCAGGCGGUAUUGUCAUAGACAGAGAAUCUGAGGUUUACAAGAUGCUCCAGGAGAAUCAAGAGUCAAAUGAGCCACCCAGACAGUCUGCUUCGUUCCUUGUGCUGCAAGAAAUCUUGGAGUCAGAAGAAAAAGGAGACCCCACCAAACCAUCUGGAUUUAGGAGCGUCAAAGCCCCCACCACAAAGGUGGCCUCAUCGAUUGGGAAUGCCCAGAAGCUGCCCAUGUGUGAGAAGUGUGGAUCUGGCAUUGUAGGGGUGUUUGUGAAGAUCCGGGACAAGCAGCGACACCCCGAGUGCUAUGUGUGCAGUGACUGCGGCACCAACCUCAAGCAGAAAGGACACUUCUUCGUGGAAGACCAAAUCUAUUGCGAGAAGCACGCACGGGAGCGGGUGAUUCCCCCAGAGGGCUACGAGGUGGUCACCGUCUUCCCAAAGUAAACUGCACUGCUCACAAAGCCAGUGUGGGUCCCCAGCUGCUUUUCCUUGAAAAGCAUCAUCCCUGCCUGCCUGCCGAAUCUUGUUUGCAAUAAGGAAUGCUAGGCAUGGCUUUGAAUUUCCUUGCCAUUAUUAAUCCUCCAUUUGUUCACAUGAGAUGUCACUAAUUGUUCAACAUUCUUUUUGUUUCCUCUUGGCUUUUUCCUAAUACACAGAAUUAUACUUUUUUUCCCUCCUUUACACUGUCACUCACACAGGAAAAUCAGAGGCCAAAGUCACAUUACCACUCUCCUGUGUCCCAGUUAUUUGCCUUCGGUUUGCAUUCAAUAAACGGGGUGAAUCUACAA